CCCGACGACGUCACGUCCUCUGCCGCCUCCACGCGCCGUGGUUCCGCUCGCGAGGAUCCGAGUGUCUGGAAAAUAAACGCAAAUAUUAACACUUACCGUUAAAAUAUAUUAAACAAAACACCCAGAAUCAUGGCGACGACAUUCGAGCAGAUGAGAGCGAACGUCGGCAAACUUCUGCGGGGCAUCGACAGGUAUAACCCGGAGAAUCUGUCCACGCUGGAGCGAUACGUGGACACACAGGCCAGAGAAAACACCUACGACCUGGAGGCCAACUUGGCCGUGCUCAAACUGUACCAGUUCAACCCGGCGUACUUCCAGACCACCGUCACGUCUCAGAUCCUGCUCAAAGCGCUCACCAACCUGCCGCACACAGACUUCACGCUCUGCAAGUGUAUGAUCGACCAGACCCACCAGCAGGAGGAGCGUCCGAUAAGACAGAUCCUGUACCUGGGGAACCUGCUGGAGACCUGCCACUUCCAGAGCUUCUGGGCCAGUCUGGAGGAGAAUCGAGAUCUGAUCGAUGGAAUCACAGGAUUUGAGGACUCCGUGAGGAAAUUCAUCUGUCACGUCGUGGGAAUCACGUAUCAGAACAUCGAGCACCGGCUGCUGGCCGAGAUGCUGGGAGAUCCUCUGGACACGCAGGUGAAGGUCUGGAUGAAUAAGUACGGCUGGACAGAGAAUGAAGAUGGACAGAUAUUUAUUCACAGUCAGGAGGAGAGCGUCAAGCCCAAGAACAUCGUGGAGAAGAUCGACUUUGAGAGUGUGUCCAGCAUCAUGGCGACUUCACAGUGAACACACACACACACACACACACACACAUCACGCCUGAGUUUCAGCUUGAUUGAACUUUACAAUAAACUAAUUUCAGUAAAGAAA